AAUCUCGCUUUUUAAUGCCUUAUUUUGUCUUCUAUGUGUUGCUACCGAGACCUUGACCCCACUGUGAGAACUUCCGGUAGAAGCAGACGUCUCUUGCAGGAGUCUUACAAGCGCUUCAAGGACAUUAUAGGCACCAACACCAAAUGCCAUCCUGCAAGUGAAGACAGAUAAUGGAUUGAAAAAGACUAAACUUUAGUUGGGAGGAGUUUUUGCUGGUUCACCAUGUCAAGAGAAGAGAGAGAACCUCUGCUUUCCAACAGUCAGAACCAUCAAGCUCUCAACAUUGAAUGUCACCAGACUUAUGGCUCAGACACUCAACAGAGUCUUCCAGUUUUGGCACAACAUCACCAUCAGGAGACACAUGUCGUCAGCAAACGACAUUCUUUACCAUAUGCAGAUUCCCAAAGUGACCUCACAAAUGAAGAAUGUGAUUUUGAAAUUAAACCUGACUCUGUGCAUGUACCUCACACAAGAGAUCACUCCUUUAAGUGGAAGACCUUGUGGGCUUUCACUGGACCUGGCUUUUUAAUGAGCGUUGCUUACCUUGACCCAGGUAAUAUUGAAUCAGACCUCAUGUCUGGAUCCAUUGCCAAAUAUAAGUUACUUUGGGUACUGAUGUGUCAAAGCAAUGGGCUUAAUCUUGCAAUUGCUAGCUGCUCGACUGGGCUGCGUGACAGUAAAGAGCCAGUUUUUCCUUUGUCCAUAGCAGGCCUAUGUUAA